AUGACGUCUCUGGCUGGUACCAUCACCGUCACGGUGCCGAGCUUUGUAACGGUGACGUUGACACCGGCACCGGACAUCAACGUGAGGGGCGCCUCCACAAUACCAGGAUCACCUUCCGCAGAGGUGAGGUCCAAGACGCUGCGUGUGCCGAUCACCGCUUUGAUGACGGUGCGUGAGCUGGCCAAGGGUGCCAUGAUGCGCUACAUACUCUCCCUGCGUCGUACUGCGAAGGAGACGGAUGGUGUCGUGCGCCAACUCUGCCGCACCGGGAUUGCCGUCACGGAUGUGUACCUCUUGGUCUCCAGCGACGCCGCGCGGUCGACCACGCUCGAGGAGGACGAGACAGGCAACGGUGGCAGAACCGGCGAGCCGCCCGUUCACAUGAUCGAGCUUCUCUCCGAUGACUGCGUGGUGCAGGUGGUGCAGGUGAUGAGGGAAACAGUGUACAUGCGCUUCCGUGCGGCAGACGGUGCUUUGGCGAAGAAGAGGGCAUCCUCGUCGGUGCGGGCGGCUGCGGCCAUAGAAGCGCAGCGCAUAGAGGAGGACAGGAUCAGAGAGGUGGAUGCACUGACAGCAGCGAAAGUCGAGGAAACGUCCAACUCAAUCAGCAUCGCUGCACCACCUGCUGUUGUUUCCGUCGGUGACGCUGCCUGUGACGGUCCAGCCCUGCCUAGUAGAGGCAGGACUAUCAAGAACGCAGCGGCUUCCGGCUGUGUCUCGGACGCGGUCUCAGACACUGCCCAAGGGAGCAGCAGCACGCCGGUCGCUGCCAGACAGUGCGGCGAGAAGACGGCGCACAAUGUCGACAGCACCGGAGCGGACAGCAGCUCGGAAGAGGAGGAAAAAGAAACGUGGCAGGACAUUGCGCGGUCGAUUGCGACGCUGCGCGAGCGCGAGGCGCAACGCAUUCGAUGGGGCCCAGAUGCGCACAAGCACUUCGCCGCCAACUACGUGUCGAGCCCAGAGAAGAUUAUGGUUGGCCGGUUUAAGUGCGUCCGACGCCCACCACCGGUGGUGUGGCUGCAUCCCACGCAAAACUCGUCCUCGGCAUCGUCGAAGGGCUCCGUCUCUGAAGUGCCGUCGCCGAGAUCUUCGGGGGAUAGCGGAGGCACCACGGAGACCGGCGGCGGCCGUCUGCCACCGCGACCAGUGAUCGCUCAAGAGGGCAGCCACGAAGAACAUUUCCGGUAUCAGCGGCACGAGCACCGGCAAUCGCCACAGAAUCCGAUCAAACAUCACCGCUGCGACCCUUACUGCUAUCCGAGCUGCGAGAGCAGCAGCACCAAGCGCACGCACGAGGUGUUGACCUCUUCCGCCGCGACGGAGUCCCAGGGUCUCCAGGCGACAGCUGCCCCAUCAGCUCACGCCGUCGAGGAGAUCCAUGUAGCGACCGAAGGGACGACAGCGGAGCCGCAGCCAGUAUCCCCCAGUAGGGAGCGGCAGGAUACCCUUCUCUGCUCCGCAGCGACCCCGGUGGACGCUGCCGCUCGCUUCGGCACGUCGCCUUGGGCUUCCAGCACCGUUGCAAAGCAGGUUGUAGCGGUUGUGGCUCGCCAGCUCAGUUUUGACGAGGGCGGUGACACCGCACCGAAGCACAGCCCGGCAGUGGGCGAUUACUCGGCAGCCACCCCCCCACUACGCGGUGAGGGGCGCGUGGUUCAGGGCUAG